GCAAGACAGGAUGAAGCUGGUUCUAUUUCCAAGCAGAUUACGAAGGAGAGGACUUUCCUGGUGGGGAAGCUUUCGGUUUUUAACAAUAGCAGGAAAGAAGCGGUGGAGAACCUUUCCGUGUGGAAGCUAGAUUGUUUAGAGCCAGCAGCAGCUCAGCUCUGGUUAGUGCUGGAGUGCUUCGGUGCCGUGGGGACAGAGGAAAAGUAAAAUGCAGUCAUUCAAAGCACUGAGGCUCAGUAACCUGUUGGUACUUAAUAUGUCUGAUGCUCUCGCGAAUGCAGUGUGUGAGCGCUGCCAGACCCGCUUUGAUCCCGCGGAGAGGAUUGUGAACAGCAAUGGGGAGCUGUACCACGAGAACUGCUUCGUCUGUGCUCAGUGUUUUCGCCAGUUCCCGGAUGGACUUUUUUAUGAGUUUGAAGGUCGGAAGUACUGUGAGCAUGACUUUCAGAUGCUCUUUGCUCCUUGCUGUGGGGAAUGUGGUGAGUUCAUCAUUGGGCGUGUUAUCAAAGCAAUGAACAAUAACUGGCACCCAGAAUGUUUCCGUUGUGAGCUCUGUGAUGUGGCACUUGCUGACCUGGGUUUUGUGAAGAAUGCUGGCAGGCACCUGUGCAGGCCGUGCCAUAACCGUGAGAAAGCUAAGGGGCUGGGCAAGUACAUCUGUCAGAAGUGCCACCUGAUAAUUGAUGAGCAGCCUCUGAUGUUCCGGAAUGAUUCCUACCAUCCAGAUCACUUCAAUUGCACCCACUGUGGGAAGGAGUUGACUGCUGAGGCCCGGGAGCUGAAGGGAGAGCUGUACUGCCUGCCCUGCCAUGACAAGAUGGGAAUCCCCAUCUGUGGAGCCUGCCGCAGGCCCAUUGAGGGCCGAGUGGUCAAUGCCCUGGGAAAGCAAUGGCAUGUUGAGCAUUUUGUUUGUGCCAAAUGUGAGAAGCCAUUCCUGGGGCACCGCCACUAUGAGAAAAAAGGACUGGCUUACUGUGAAACUCAUUAUAACCAGCUCUUUGGAGAUGUUUGCUACAACUGCAGCCACGUGAUUGAGGGAGAUGUGGUAUCAGCUCUUAACAAGGCCUGGUGUGUGAACUGCUUCUCCUGCUCCACCUGCAACAUCAAGCUCACACUGAAGAAUAAGUUUGUGGAGUUUGACAUGAAGCCUGUAUGCAAGAAGUGCUAUGAGAAAUUCCCACUGGAGCUGAAGAAACGCCUGAAGAAGCUGUCAGAGCUGGCAUCCAAGAAGGCACACCCCAAAGCCCUGGAUUUAAAUUCUGCUUAAGCAGGUCUGUCCAUCUGUUGACUGCGCUCUUGCAGUCGCAAGGUGCUGCUCACAGCAGCUGCUGAUUGAAAGAGAAUUACUCAGAACAAGUGAAACCAAAGAGAAGUGGUACCUUGCCCUGCUUCUGGGAACGUGGCCUGCAUCUUGACUCUCUUUUUCUCAAGCAACUGCCUAUUAACACUUGCAGAAAGAGCAGUUUACAGGCUGGUUAUUAAUUUGCUAACAUCUUAUUUUUAAACUGUACAGCAUCUUUCUUUCUUUCUUUCCUUAGUUGAACUGUACUUCUCUCUCCAUUCCUCUAUAGUCUAAUGAAUUUAGAAACACUAAUUGAGUGCAGGGGUGGAAGAAACGUGUUGUUUGCUCUUUUUUGGUUUGAGUUUACUGGAUAAGCUCAGAAGCCAAUAGUUACAACACCUUAAUUGCCUACUUGUCUGACUCAGAACCAAUGUUAGGACUGCUGAAGAAGUUUACUUUGCUGUUUCUCUGCUCAGCAGUAAGAUCGCAGUUGCCAAGGCCACGUCAGCCCCUUCUGGAUGGUUGGGCUCCCUUUAGGGAGGUGCUGGCUGUGGAAAAGGAUAAACCUUGUUAGAAACUGAUGCCAUGAUUUCUCAAUCUGUCCUCUAUCCAUCAUGGAUACAAGAGAUUCUGGUGGUCAGCACAAAGCACAUCCUAUCCUUGGACAAAGCUGACACUUCUAGUUGUUUUGAAUUAUGGAACCCAGUUGAUAAUACAGUGUUAAUUUAACUGAUUCAGUUUCAAAUCCAAUCCUUCUUGCUUUGUUUGAAAGGUGAGAAUACACUCUGAGGUCACUCUCCACAAAGCUUAAAUACACCUAGAGAUUUCUGUCAUUUGUAGUUGAUCACCAAUGCUAUCUUACAAAGAAAAAUCAGUGAAUGGUUUUCAUAACAUUCACUCAAAUAAGAGGCACCCAACAUCUUUCUUCUUAAGACCUGAAUGUGUACUUAAAGAGAGGACCUCAGACCUGAAUCUACACCUUUUAACAUACAGUUUUGCUUGCAGAUUUCCUUCUGCUCUGUAGUUUUUCCUCUCACUGAUGCAGUUUUUCUCGUACAGCCCAAGGUGCCAAAAAUAUAUUGGUUUUGAUCAUCCUUACUGUUUCUUCAGGGGCAAUCUGAACUAAUCUGAGCAGACUGAGAAUGCCUUUCCAUGAGUAGUUGGAGGCUGUAUCUGCCCUUUUUGUGAGAUGGACAGGAUUGAAGGCACUGGAGGACUGCUGUCCCAUGUGGGAUUUAAGUCUACCAGAAAGUGUAUAGCUGAGCAGAUGAAGUGAAUACAGCAGUUGGGCCUGAGGCAGCCCCCUGUUAGCAAGAAGUUAAAGCUUCCUCACUUUUUGCAUAUGUGAGAAACAACUGGGUUGGGUGAUCUACCUUAAAAUUGCCCUCACUGCCAUUAUGCUCUGCUCCAAAAGGGUCUGCACAAGGUAAAGCACUGGUAGCUGUUUGUGUGCUUGCUGUGCAGCCACUGCCCAUGGAACUGCAGCAAUGAUCUCGUGGCAGCAGUGGGAAGUCAUGGUUAACUGUGCAGAUCAGAAUCCCAUGCACAAGACCAUCUCUUAGAUACUGGCUUUCCUGAUUCGAUUUUCCACCAGCUGCUUUAUUAUAGUCAUAAGUUUCCAUACGAUUUUAACUGGGAUAGUCCUUAUCCACCCUACAGUGAUGAGGGGAUGGGCUUUAAUCAGGUGGCAGAACUCUCCCAAGGCCUUCUGACCAGUGUGCACUGUGGAUUACACUAACUGUGGCUUUUGUCACUGCUUUAGGAGAACACGUGCCUUGUCCCUGUUCUCUCACUAACCCAUAGAGGUCUUUUAGUUGAGGACCCAAAGAACAGCACGUCUUUUAGUGCAGGAGGAUGUGGGCACUGCAGAGAUUUUUCCUAUUCUUUGGCUGGUUCACAGAAUGAAGCACAGAAACAUUGAUUUAGAUACGUUACGCAGACUGAUCUCAGCAUAAAGCAUGCAGGUCUGUUCCUGUCAUCUUAGUCACAAACCACACCUCAUGCCAAGUGUGAACAGCUGUGUGCAGAGCUUCUGGGAAGGUGCUGGGGAACACUGAGCUGUGUACCUACUAGUGAAAACAAAGAGUAUGCAGCUAGCAGGCAAUAGGAAAUACUCUUUCUGUGGCCACUCUCAAGUUCAGCAAUGGAAAAUUCAGGCAUAUAGAAGCAGAUGGAAUUAUUUAUUCCUGCAAAUAGAGAGUCUGUGCUUUCACUUUGUCUCAUGCUAGAAAUCAAGCAGACCUAGUAGGCUUCAGUAAUCCAAGAGCAGCCAGUAUCAUCCUCUUUGUUAAGGUGUUCAGUUUGCAUUCUGUCCUCAGAGCAUUGCCCAAAAGGAGUGAAAAAACCAUCAUAGUCCCUGUUUUCUGUGAAGAACUGAGAGUGGUGAUCUCUUAGCAGCUCUUAAAUUGUGAAAUGUUCAGACUGCUUUUCUUAGCCUACGAUGGACAGAUGUGCAGUGGUGAAUGUUACGUACCUUUGGUGAGGCAGUGGAACUGAAGGAAAGAAAGGUCAUUAGGAGUAGUUUGAACAGAUGCAUCUUCCCUCUACCUCUUUGGGUCCACUUCUAAAAAACUUUAAGCAGAAGAUAAUGCAGACUGAAUUCAGAGUUGCCCUUAGUGCCUCUCAUGAAGCCAAGGUCCUGGUCAGAAAUAAGCUGCCUGCUUUUUUUCCAUUGCUGCAAGCAGAUAAAUGGCCAAAUUCAUCCUAAGUAUCAAACCUCUGGAGAGCAGAGAUUUAUACCAAGGUUGAAUUUGGCUCAGAAGCCUACACUAACUAAAAGCUCAUGUAAUUACAUGCAUUUCUAGUUUACAUUCCUAUUUAUACAUACAGAAUUACAAUCACUAAUAUUCACUGACUGCACUUGAAAAUAUUUAUGCUUUUAGAAACCACAGCAUGUGAAGCUUGUUUGUAUUAAAAGGGCAUAUUAAUCACCUGCUGUCUUUCUUUAUAACCUGCUCUCUUGGGUUUGCAUCCUGGCCUUUAUUUUUACACCAAUCUGUGCAGUGUUAGCAAACAUUCAACCUCCUGGGCAGAGAGUUCCUAGAUGUGAGCUUUGUAUCAGAUGAUGUGACUGACAGGUGAUCAGAUGGUGAAGGAGCAGAUUGCACAGAGCUAAUAAGUGCAGUUGCAGUAGUCUGUAAAGCAGUAUUAAGUGCUGAGGACAGUAGAAGUUGGAUGAAAGAAUUAGCAGCAAUUAGUCAUGGUUCAGGCUUUGAUGAUAGGUGUGGACUCUGCACAGUGCAGAGCUCUCAUUUGAUCACACGUUGCUGGUGCUAACCUGACAUGUGACUGUGGGUUGAAGUAUUGUAAUAUUGUACCUGUUUGUAUUCCUGUAAUAAAGUUAAUUGUACUGCUAUAUUUCAAA